AAAACAAAUUUCAAAUCGAUCCAAUCAGAUUCAAAUUUGAACAGGAUUUGCUUGCUGACCAAAAACAUCCCAAUCAGAAGUCAGCUGUUGCGCCAACCAAAGCGCUGGUCACACAUCCACCUUGCUGAAUACCGAUAACGCCUGCAAUUAUCGACGUGCUAUGGGUGCCGAUUGUCUAAUAUAAAUAAAGCCAGCUGAUAUCGAAGUUCAACAGCCCGAUAGCUUGCAGCAAAUAUCGAUGACAGUCUUUAUUUAUAUAUUUCCUAAUCAAUAUACCUGAUAUCAACAACUGAUGCACAAAACACACCGUCUCACCACCGACAGCCAGUACAUGGAGGUCGAAGGCUUGCUGCAGGCCAUGGACAUGCCCACCAGCCACGACCCGGAGGCGGAACUAGAACCGGAGUCCACGUCGCUGUGCCGCCUGAGCCGCUACAACGUGACCAACCUGUACGAUGGGCCGGCGGGAGGGGGUUCCACUUUGGCCUCGGGCCGCCAGCGUUGCUACACAAUGCCGCAUGUGCCACCUCCAGCGCCGCCCUCCACGCCCACUCUGCUGACCAGCGGGGGCGGCGGCAGCAGCAACUCCGUAUCCGUCUCCAUCUCGCCCACCUGCUCUGCUGGAAGCCAUCCCUUGGAUAGCCAAAGUUUGAGCCAGAGCCCCUUGAACCACUUCAUCUACGUAAAGAAUGGCAAGAACCUGCGUCGCGAAUCGCGCUGCGUCGACUCGGAGCUGUCCAAGUUAUUGAACGUGGUGUCCAUCACAAACCGGCUGACGGCUAUUAAGAACCGCAGCAAUUCCAUUUCGAAUUCCAGUGGAAUACUCAAUGCCUCGCGCACCAUAUCGAAAUUAAACGGGGCGACGGCCACCAAGAUCUUCAAGAUUCAUCGGGAUCCGAAAGAGUUUCUGCGCGAAACGGACGAGGAUUCGGUGUCGGCGCCGGAGUACGACGAGGAGGAGGAGGACACGCGCUUCCGUUUCUUUAGGCGAGCGCGCUUCUCGCGGAGGUACAGUACCGCGCGAUCCGGACGGAAAUUCGCGAGAAAGUUCGCUCGAUUUGAGCACCAUGAGCGCAUGGAGACCAUCGUGGAUAGUUUCGAUGCAGCCAUGAGCUUCAAUGAUGCAGACACCUGAGAGGCAGAGACCACGGCGAGAACGACGACGACGGCAACAGCUGAGGAUGAGGCAUGGCAGAUGGUCGGCCAACCAAUGUGAUGAAUGUGAAUUUCAACUAAAUUAUUUUAAUUGCUACAAACUACUAUUAUUACGAUUAUUAUUACCGAUUACCGAGCUGUUCUCUCCAUACGUUUAGUUUCCUUGUACGCCGAUUGCCGUGGCCUUCGAGAUCCCAGUACCACUCCUGCAAUCAAUCGGGUGUUUGGUGGCGGAUCGCGGACGCAGCGCAGGGCACGCAUUUAGUUUAAAGCCUAGUUUUACGCCUACGCCUCUGGGGCGAAGCAGGUGCAGCCGACCACCGAAUGGUUGAUAGCUCCACGAACAGAACGAUUCCAAUAAAUGCACAAAACGUGUUGUAUUCGAGAAGAGAGAUUA